AUGUCGGAUUCGGAGCACUUGGAUCUGCCUGAGGGUGGGCCGGUUCGUCCGGACAGCCCGUUCGAGGAGAUGAGGCUCGGACCGCAGUUCCCGCGCGCGGGCCCGGCGGAUCCGCCGCGAGGCGGGGAGCCACUGCUACCGACCGGUACGGGGAAAAACUCGGCAGCCGCGGCAGAAAGUGACUACGAGGACGAAAAGAGUCUAACGGCCGAACCGAAAGAUCUCUUCCCCGAUUUAGCAUAUAAGCCGAAGGCUCGGCGAACUAGGAAGAGCGAGACCGCGGCGGCUAUCGGCACCUCGGAGGGGGCAAUGAGUCCGGGCUCUAGAAUAACUUCUCAUUCUCAAAUCAAACGAUAUCACAACGUGUGCUCUUCCGAUCUUGCUGGCAGAUUUCCUGAUUCAGAUAACGUGAAUAAGUUACGAGAAAAUUUAUUUAAUAAAAUUGAUCUUGUUAGAGCAGAUCAUGAGCGAUGGAAACUAGCAAUAAUCGACGCAGGAAUCAAUCCAAAGCAAUUACGAGGAAAAAAUACUGCUGUGAUCAUAGGAACAGCUUUUAAUGAGUCGCAAAAGAAAUUUUUAUAUGAGACCGCUCAGUUGGGAGGUCAGAAUAUUAUUGGAUGUAGCAAAUCUACAACAGCAAACAUGAUUUCAUACUAUUUCGAUCUGAAAGGACCAUCAUAUACCGUUGAUACAGCAUGCAGUUCUGGCCCUACUGCCGUGGCCGUUGCUUAUAAUUGUAUUAAGUCGGGCAUAUGCGAAGACGCAAUAAUUGGAACUGCAAACUUAUGUUUUGUUCCUGCUGUAACCCAACUAUACGCUCGGCUUGGUGUUGUGUCACUCAGUGGUUAUUGCAAACCUUUUGAUAUUGCUGGAAAUGGUUAUUCGCGUAGCGAAACGGUGUCAGUGAUAUACCUUCAAAAGGUGAAGAAUGCGAAGAGGAUUUAUGCCAUAUUUCCAAACAUUAAAAUAAACAAUGAUGGUUACAAAGAAGAAGGCAUAACGUACCCAUCGUCGAUUAUACAAAGUACAUUACUAACAGAGGUUUACAAUGAAUGCGGAAUAUCUACAUCUUGUUUGGAUUACAUGGAGGCACAUGGCACCGGUACCAAAGUUGGCGACCUCCAAGAAAUUAAUGCUAUCUCUAAUGUAUUAUGUAAGAAUAGAGAAACUCCAUUAAUGAUCGGCUCUGUAAAAUCCAAUCUUGGUCAUGCUGAACCUGCUAGCGGUUUUACUCAAAUCGCUAAGGUAAUAAUAGCAUUUGAAACCGGUUUUGUUCCACCAAAUAUCAAUUAUACAUCGCCGCGAAAUGAUAUAGAUGCCUUGGUAAACGGAACUGUUCGUGUCGUCGAAAAACCAUUGCCGCUUAAAAAUGGUUACAUAGGUAUCAGUUCUUUUGGUUUUGGGGGGUCAAAUGCUCAUACGCUAUUAAAGUGGAAUCCGAAACAGAAAGUUAAUAAUGGCGCGCCAAAUGAUGAUUUGCCAAGACUUGUAAUAUUAUCUGGACGCACUAAAGAAUCAGUAAAAUUAUUUAUAAAUGACAUUGCUAAUCAUCAAAUAGAUGUAGAAUAUAUUCGUUUACUACACGAUGUCCACUCAGAUAAUAUAGAUGGUCAUCCAUGGAGAGGGUAUAUUAUACUGAAUACUUCACAACAAGAAUCAAUACAAGAAAUUCAAAAUUUAAAAAAUGGUAAAAGACCUGUUUGUUUUAUAUUUUCAGCCUUAGGGUCGCAAUGGCCAGGAAUUGGUCGAUAUUUAUUAAAAUUUCAAGUCUUUGCAAAUGCAAUAAAAAUGUGCGAUGAUGUUUUAAAACCAUAUAAUAUAAGCGUCACGGACAUUUUGACAAAUUCAGAAGAAAAUGUGUGCAAAAACGCAUUAUAUACGUUUCUGGGAAUUAUCGCUGAGAUCGGAAGAGCACACCAAAAAAAUCAUGCGGAAAUUCCAAAUAGAAUGGGAACAAUUAGCAAUGUGAAAAAAUUUGAUGCGGAUUUCUUUGGAUUAUCUUUUGAGCAAGCAGACACACUUUCAUCUGAAGCGAGAAUGUUAUUGGAACAUUCUUAUGAAUCAAUUAUCGAUGCAGGAAUCAAUCCGAAGCAAUUGCGAGGAAAAAAUACUGCUGUAAUUGUAGCAAUCACUUAUGUUGAAUUGCAAAAUCCAUUUUUAUAUAUCACCGCUCAGUUAGGUGGUCAAAAUAUUAUUGGAUGCAGCAAAUCUACAACAGCAAACAUGAUUUCACACUAUUUCGAUCUGAAAGGGCCAUCGUAUACCAUUGAUAGCGCAUGCAGUUCUAGCCUUUCUGCCUUGGCCAUUGGUUAUAACUAUAUCAUGUCGGGCAUAUGCGAAGACGCAAUAAUUGGAACUGCAAAUAUAUGUCUUUUUCCCGUAUUAACUCUACACUUUUUUAGACGUGGCGUUUUGUCUCCCACCGGUUACUGCAAACCUUUUGAUACUGCUGCAAAUGGUUAUGUUCGUAGCGAAACAGUAUCAGCGAUGUACCUUCAAAAGGCGAAGAAUGCAAAGAGGAUUUAUGCUAUAUGUCCACAUGUUAAAUUAAACAGUGAUGGUUACAAAGAAGAAGGAAUAACAUAUCCAUCGUCAUUUAUGCAAAGUACUUUACUAACAGAAUUUUACAAUGAAUGCGGAAUACCGACAUCUUGUUUGGAUUAUGUUGAAGCACAUGGUACCGCUACCAAAGCUGGCGAUCCUCCAGAAAUUAAUGCUAUCUCUAGUGUAUUGUGUAAAAACAGAGAAACUCCAUUAAUGAUCGGCUCUGUAAAAUCCAAUCUUGGACAUGCUGAACCUGCUAGCGGUUUCAGUCAAAUCGCUAAGUGUGACGAAAAAACACUUUUUUUCUCUCCAAAAUACGAUAGUACGUUUCUCGAAAAUUUUUUCGUGCUAAACACGAUGCCGUUGGCAGAAUUUGUCUAG